CUUAUUUAUUCACGUGACUUCCACGUGAUGUCAUCAUUGUAUAAGGCAUGGUGGUACUACUGCUGGCCGUCCUUGCAGUUGUGUGUCGAUGUCUGUUGAUAUGGCUGGGUUCUGGGGACUGGCUAGCCAAGAGAGUGGAGAUCAGCACUCCCGUCAACUCAUGGACUAGAGUUCAAGAAGGAAUAGCUCUGGUGUCUUCAAACUACUCGCCAUACAGUGGAGACGUCUUUCAUGAGCAAGCACUGGUACUGACAGUGUUCCAGUGGCUGACUAGUCUCGGAGAAUGGGCUGUGGGAGCAUUCUUCAUCAGUGUGGAUGUGGUGAUAGCAGUGUGUCUGGCUGGUAUAGCAGAUCUCCAUAUGAAGGACCAGUUGAGGAGACAGACCAGGGAGAGGAGGAGCUAUGGAAAAGGAAGUGACUGAUAUUCUGGUGAAAGCUGACUCCUCACUGCCGUCAUUUGUAGCUCUCGUGUAUCUCCUGCAGCCUUUCUCCAUUCUGUCAUGUGCUGGCCACUCACACUCUCCCCCUCACCACUCUCUCUGUCUCCCUCGCUCUCUACUGCCAGCUCAGAGGUCUGGAGGUGCUGUCAGCUCUGGGGCUGGCAGUGGGAGUCUACCUGUCUCUCUAUCCAGCCAUGCUCCUCUGCCCUCUACUCAUCCUCGCACACAGAGUCAGUUAUCUACAUUGUUUCAUCCACUGCAUAAGGCCUGGUUUUCUCUCACAGAGGAGAGGUCUGCUGGGAUCAGUGGUGUAUGUGAUGGUGACGUUAGCCUGGACUGGUCUCCUGUUCUGUGGAUCUCACUACCUCACUGGGUCCUGGGACUUCCUGUCCGCCACUCACGGAGUCAUACUCACAGUCCCAGACCUGACUCCCAAUGUGGGACUGUUCUGGUACUUCUUCACUGAGGCUUUCGAACACUUCCGAGUCUUCUUCCUGUGUGUCUUCCAGAUCAAUGCCUUUCUCUACGUCCUCCCUCUCUCCUUCAGAUUCAGUGAACACCCAGUGUUUCUGGCCUAUGUGUUGCUGUCACUGAUGGCUCUGUUCAAGUCCUACCCCAGUGUGGGUGACCUGGCUCUCCCCCUCUCCCUCCUCCCUCUAUGGUCUCACACCUUCAGAUACCUGCGGUAUACUCUGGUGGUGUUGUGUAUGUUUCUGAUGACGUCGGUCCUCUGCCCGGUCUUCUGGUACCUCUGGAUCCACGCUGGCUCUGCCAAUGCCAACUUCUUCUUUGCCACUACUCUGGCAUACUCCCUGGCUCAGGUGUUUCUGGUGUCAGAUGUGAUGUAUUCAUUCCUGGUCCAUAGAUAUGACCUCUGUCAUGGUCUACCUAGAGUUGACUCUCACGGACAUACCAUUGCACUAGCUCUUAGAUAAUAUUUCUCGUGUGCUCACUCAAGAAUCAUGGUCAUCAG